GGGUGAAGCCCAGCUUGUGUUAUGGGUUCAGUCGGUGAAGAUAACAAAGUUUUCAGUGUGUUUAAGUCUUCAAGUUUGAAAGUUGUGACAAAUCCUUGCUCCCAUUUUGUUCCGUAUCUCCCAGCUCUCCCUGCUAUUUGUAAUGCUUGUGAUACAGACAUGGCGUCCAUUUCUUUUUCCCCUUUUUCAUUGAUUACUGGUUUUAUCAACGAAUGAAAAAUGAUUCGUCGAAUGCUUAAAUUUAAUCCCAUGCCUAUUGCAUCUGUGGCUACUAAUAUCUUACAACUAUUAUCAACGUCGUUGAAUUUGGCAGCUUGUGCAAGUUUUGUAUUAGGCGGAAGUCCGCCAUAGAUGACUGCGACUUCCCUUCCGGUGGCUUCUAUCCCACGUGACACUGAAUAAAUGUCGUUUUUGCUGAAACAAACGAUGCAAUCACCCAGUUGGACGUUGUCUAAACCUCCUAGAGUUUAUAAAUAUAUAAAAAUCUAAUAAAUUUCAUACAGUUUUGUAACAAACAAAAAAAAACAAGCUGUCAUCUGUCAAAUAUUUCACACACUUUUUACCGUUUUUACCGUUUUACAAAACAAGAUGGAUGCCAGGUCCUCACGUACUGCAAAAUCCAUCCAACAAGCUGGUCAUCCACUUACACCCACAACAACCUUGAACCAACUCGUAGGUGAUGGUAUAACACGUCCCAAGGUCAAAACCUACAAGCAACGCAAAGCUAUGCGUGAAAAACACUAUCAACUCAAAGAAAUGCGUGCGAAUCUUCCGAAAUUAUCAAAAACAGAAAUUCGCAGGUUUAGGUUACCAUUCCAUGAAGCACUCUUAGCUGAGUUGGAAGAAGAUGGCUACUUCCACACCGCGAAAUUCCUCUCACAACUCAUGGAGUACCAAGAGGCUUACCGUGCUGAUCAUAGCUAUGAUGUAAUCAUCCAAGCACGACCUGUUCUCAAAGAAAGCAAUGAUCAACUCACUUAUCUCUAUGAUAAUCUGAAGAAAGCAGAAACAGCACAUAUACAAGAAGAUAUCGAAUUGGAAAUUGAAGAGUUGUUGAAAAUCGCUUAUAAGAAUGCAUUUGGUCCUGUUGAUUGGUGGUGGUUAGGUGAACAAGUCUUCGCACAGUGUCUAAACAUCACCACGAAUUACCGCGCUGAUGACAGAUUCAGACACACGAUGACCUAUUACCUCUACGGGAAGUACCUCAUUGAACAACCGAGGAUUAUCCCAUUGGGUAUGCAGUUCCUGAACAUAGCAAGAGAAUACAGUAAAGAUAAACUAUGGUCAGCAGGGAAGAUCACUGGUCAUAUUGAGAAGUACAUCUUCAUUGAGGUAUCCACUGUGUUGUAUCAUACUUUAAUGGAUCAGGCGAAAGCUGUGUUGUCACGGGACCCAGCCUGGGCUCUGGAGUUAACCCUGGAAGCACGUGAACGUGGUAUUGAUGCUUGUCUCCCCCGUGCGGAUGUUUUUCAUUUACUGGGACAAUGUGAGAUGGCUAAUCAACAAGCGGAUAAAGCCGUGAGUAAUUUCAUGAAAGCCUUCCUGUUAUACAAGACAAAUCAUCAGAUGGAGGAAUGUUGUGAGGCUAUGAUUGGUCUUGCACAAGCUUAUUAUGUCAUGGGUGAUUUUUAUCAGAAUAAAGAACAGAUGGAGAAGUUGUUGAAGUUUGCGCAGAAGCAGGGAUUGAAAAGUUACAUUGGACAGGCACAUCUCUACAUAGGGCAGUAUUUCCUCAAUGAAGGAUCACCGGAAGCUGCUUCUCCGUAUCUUACAAAUGCUUUGAAUAUUUUUCAUGAGAUUAAUGAUGUCGCAAGGCGUGAAUUCGUGAAAAACUUAGGUGCGGUAUCAAAAGGUCAGUUAACCUUUCAAUCAUAUGUCAAACUUAUCCUGAGAUGUGAGGAUAAGUCAGAUAGUUUGAAACGCAACAGGAAUUUAGCUAGAUUAUUGAAAUGGAAGGAUUCACGUGAGCCUUUCUGGGAUGAUUUGUCUGAGAGUUGUUCAUCUGCAUCACUGGUUGCAGAAACAGAAGAGGAAGAUGAGUCUAAGUUUGAAGCAACUUCACAAGUUGAAGAAAAAGUAGCAGAAGAGACUUGGGAGGAAGCACCACGUGAUGAGCACUCCAUUGGUGGAUAAUUUUUCAUUUUUUUGUUUUAUUAUAAAAAAACUAAGAAUUUAUACGAAUCAAAACUUUGGUUUGCGUUUA